UACGAAAUACCCUUUAGCUUUCAUAAUAUUACGUUAGACCACUGUAAUUCGUAAUUGAAACGACGUCGUCUUCUUCGUCUUCCUGUUCCCGCAGCUCCAUAAACUCGGUUGUUCUCUGUAAUCCGAGAAAGGGCUUCUUCCACUUACUUUGAGCAGUUGAGAAACCUUGCAAGAUAAGUAGAUAACUCUCUUUACGGCAUCGUUUGAUACGCUCAUGUUUCUCUUUUUCAUCUCCUCGCUUCUGCAAAUUUUCCUUUGAAAAGCUUAAAAAAUUCAAUUUCCAAUUCAUGGCGCUAAAAUUAUACAUCCCGUUCCCAAUUUUCGCCCCCCAAGCGCAAGUUCAAAACCCCUAUCCAUGCCCGUAUACGGUCCCACCCAACCCGCGGCCUCCCACCCAGAUCCGGUUCUCGCGGUGGAAUAACGCCAAUGCGGAAAUCUUCAACCAGCGGCAGCGCGCACAGCAGGAAAUUGAGGACGACAUCCGUCGGCUGCGACGCUUUGAAUCCACCACCAGAAUUUCCCAAAUUUGCGAUUCAACCAUAACCGCCGGCAAAGAGCCUGAAACAUUCAAAUCCAGAGGCACGCCGUCCAUCCCCUCCGCCCCUUCAAUCCCUGGCAAGAAGUCAAAGUACUCCAAACCCCCCGACCACCCUGCGUUUCGCCGAUUAUCCAAAGUGAAGAACGCACCACAAGUCCCCAAGAAAGCGCCAAUUCACUCAAAAGCCAAUUUGAAGAUUAGUGAAGAUGGGGUCUCUUAUGUCAUCGAUGGGGCGCCGUUCGAGUUCAAGUACAGCUAUACGGAGACGCCGAAGGUGAAGCCGCUUAAGCUCAGGGAGCCUCCAUUCGCACCGUUCGGUCCUACCACUAUGGGUAGGCCCUGGACCGGUCGAGCUCCGCUGCCCCCGUCCAAGAAAAAGCUCAAGGAGUUCGACUCCUUCGAACUUCCUCCGCCCAACAAGAAAGGGGUGAAGCCCGUGCAGAAGCCGGGUCCUUUCCUCCCUGGGACUGGUCCGAGGUAUGUCUCCAUCAGGGAGGAGAUUUUGGGGGAGCCCCUCACUGACGAAGAGGUUAGGGACUUGGUCAAUAGUUGCAUCAGGUCCAGGCGGCAGUUGAAUAUGGGUAGAGAUGGUUUAACGCACAACAUGUUGGAUAAUAUACAUGCUCACUGGAAGCGACGGAGAGUGUGCAAGAUAAAAUGUAAAGGAGUGUGUACAGUUGACAUGGACACUGUGUGCCAGCAAUUAGAGGAUAAAACAGGAGGAAAGGUCAUCUACAGAAGAGGAGGGGUACUUUUCCUUUUCCGAGGCAGAAAUUACAACUAUAAAACUCACCCUCGGUUUCCCCUUAUGUUGUGGAAACCUGUUACCCCUGUAUAUCCAAGACUGAUUCAGCAGGUUCCGGAUGGUCUAACACUGGAAGAAGCAAUUGAAAUGCGCAGGAAGGGACGGCAAUUGGUACCAAUAUGCAAAUUAGCAAAGAAUGGUGUUUACAGUGACCUGGUGAAAAAUGUCAGAGAGGCAUUUGAAGUAUGUGAAUUAGUUCGUAUUAACUGUCAAGGGAUCAAAGGGAGUGACUAUAAGAAAAUUGGUGGUAAACUCAAGGAUCUCGUCCCAUGCAUGCUGAUAUCAUUUGAAAAUGAGCACAUACUAAUGUGGAGAGGGCCACCGAAUUGGAAGUCCCCUAUCCCAAUGCCAGAAAAAGGGGAUAAGGACAUCAAGGAAUACAAAAUUAAUAGCACAAUAACCACUGCUCCACCUUUGGGAGAUAACAGAGUAUUAAUAUCUGACAACGAUAUGCCGUCAGCUGAGAAUAGGACUCGAGACGCACUCAGUACCAGCAUGUCCCUUAUGAGUCUCAUGGAUGAGCAUGUAGAACAAGGUGAUUGUCCCUCAUCCAUAGACGGGCUGUGUGGAGGGAGUGAUGCGGUUUCGGUUGAGUCACAAGCUGAUGACACUACAGCAGAAAAUGGAAGCAGCAGCAGUGAUGUUUCACAAGCAGUGGGGAUUAUCAGUGAAAAUGAAGUCACGUCUAAUGUUGCUAAACUUUCUGAUCAGUCUGAAUCUUUGGACAUUUCUAAUGUGGGUGAAGCAAUGUUAGACAAUCAGCACUAUGCUGGUGCAGGGCCAAAAGCAGGCUCAACUCGGUCUGGGACCAUCAUAAGCCUUGAGGGCACUGAAAAUAAGUUGGAGUUUUUCACUAAGAGCCCUAUAGAUCAGUGUCAGCCACAACAUCUUUCAAAUUCCAUGGAAAUUCAGUCUGAGCCAGCAAGAGCAGAUGCACCUUGCAUGGAAAGAGUGAAACUUCUCAUGAAGCAAGCUGUUGAGACUGGGCAUGCAGUUGUUUUAGAUGAUGCUAUAUUGGAUGCAGACCGGGUAUUUGAAAAGGCUGUCACCUUUGCCAAGUCGGCUCCUUGUGGGCUGGUUUUUCGGCAUUAUCAGAGGAAGUCACAGAUUCAAAACAGUGAGAAAAAGCAGGAAUACAAGAAUUCUCAAGUUAAAGAUGAUGAAUCUAUUGCCAAGAAGAGAGGAAAGGAGAAACGGGCUUCAAAAGCAAAAAGGACAAAUUCUUUAGAUGAGAAUUUUCUAGAUGUAGCACCACAAGGAAGCCUAAGAAUAGAUGAACUGGCUAAACUACUAGCGUAAGAAUAGAUGCACCACAAGGAAGUCCCUCUUUUAUAUAUUAUCUGUCAGAUUAUUAUAACAUGAAUUACUUUUUUAGAUUGUACCGAAGCUCAUUCAUUCAUACACAUGGAGAAUUCCUUUCACUUUA